UUCAAGGCAUACCUGACUCUCCUCUCGCUCUGUGCCGUGGCUGCCCUCAUUCUCGCUGCCAUUUCCACGCACAGAGCCAAUAAGCUCGACACCUUCAGAUCAUCAACCUUUGUCACUGAUCUGGAGCGGAUCUUCAAUAGCACAGCAUAUUCCCUUUCAAAUUGGUCUCCUUAUGACUCUGAAUGCGGCUUCCAUUCGGCAGAACGAUUCACUGGUCAGACAACUCUCCCGGGCCAGUGUGUUACCGUUACCAACAGUUAUACCUUAUGGGUGACAAGACUUGCGGAAAACUGUACUCCGUAUGUCUAUGCACAAGAGAAUUGUACUGGGGCUUCGAGAGCAAUAGCACCUGUCAUCCUCCCCUCUUGUGUUGUUGGCGCCGGUGCAGGGGAGUUAGGCGGCUCGGAUGGUUCUUCAUUCAAGAGCUUUCAGAUAUCAUGUACUUAG